GGGAAGAGCAGGAGAAGGGAAGGGAGCAGUAAAGAUGGCGAGCCUGUGGAUGGGAGAUAUCGAUGAGUCCAUGAACGAAGUUUUCAUAACGCAGGCCUUUCAGGCAAUGAGGGAGACGGUGCGCAGCGUGAAGAUCAUACGCAACCGAUUCACGGGGGCUCUGGCCGGUUACUGUUUCGUUGAGUUCUCCGACCAAGCUGCAGCGGCACGAUGUCUGAUGACUGUCAACGGGAAGACCAUCUCCGGAACCAAUCCCCCUAAGAGGUUCAAGCUGAAACACGCGCUGUACACCAAGCCGUCCGAGCCCAACCCCAGCCCUCCAGUACGGAACCCGGCGGCAGAGUACGUGCAAGCGUUCAAUUACUACACCCAGCAGUUCCAGCAAAUGCUCUCCAACUGGAAGUACGACCCCAAAAGCAGCGCUUACAGCUAUCAGCAGUACGGCUACACCCCCAUUUAAAGUGGGCCUGAGGAAAAGGCGUCCUCUUUAUCUUCUUCCCUUACAGAUCCCAUCCCCCAGCUGGACGUGAACGAGGCCAACAACGAGUUCAUGGCACAGAGCGAGGAGCUGUACGAGGCUUUGAUGGACUGCCAGUGGCAGCCGCUGGACACCGUCACCUCCAAGGUCCCCUCCGAGGUCCCCUCCGAAGCCUGACCGCCUCCAUAUUGGCCCCGCUGUCCUAUAGACUGUGCUCUGCGUUGUAUCCCCUUAUGGGGAG